ACUACUGACUUACCGACUGCUACAUCACAUCUUUCUGAUGUGUUUCUGUAAAUAAACCUCCCUCCUUGUUGCUGUGACGAUGAUAUUUGCCUCUGGUGGGGUAGAAUAGAAGCAUAAAGUUGCAUAAAAUGAAAUACUCGAGUAAAAGUACUUUGAAUUUGUACUCUGUACUCUCUUGAGCUGAGAGGUUUCCCUGACCUGCAGAUGUGCAGCUGCAGUGUCACCACCACAGCCGGCAGAGGGCGUCACAGACCUGUGACUGAACCUGGUUCAGACUGAGGACGCUCUGAAUCCUCCUUUUCUUUCCUUACAUGGACCCAUCCUCCUCUCAUCUCCUUCCCUUCGCCACCUCUCACAUUAUCACCCCUCUUCAGAAUUCUCUUUAUCCACGUCGCCCCUCUCUCUCUCUCUCUCUCUCUCUCUCUCUCCUCCUGUGAUCGCCUACCCUGCUGCUCUCAGAUCAGCUGUGAUCCGGACCGGAUCUGUUCGGCUCCAGCUGUGUGGCUCCAGUCCUGCAGGCAGGCAGGCAGGCAGGGUCGGCCAUGUUGUUGUGUGGGGGUUGAUGUUAAGUUUAGUAGUAGGAAGUGGAGGCGACAAAGAGCUGGGACACUUUGAGGAUCUCACUUUUCUUUUUUUUUCUUUAUUUUUUUUUUCAUGCUGCUGGAUGGAUUCAUCCUCUCCUGACAAUGACUGUCUCCUCCACCUCCUCCACCUCCUCCACCUCCUCCUCCUCCUCCUCCUCCGCCAUCCUGAGACACUGUAACACCGCUUUGAUUUAACUUCAGCACUAAAUCCACACACAGUUGCUCUGCUGGAUGGAUGGAGUGAGGAUGAAGGCGGUUCGGUCCCGGUUGGAAUAACUCGGAUAUUUUUUAUUUAUUUAUUUUUUAAUUAUUUCUAUCCGGUUGGAGGAAUAACAAAAAAAAAAAAAAAAAACAAGAAGAAGGACGCGGAUUGGAGAAGGCAGGGUGAGACAAUGGGUUGCAUAAAGAGCAAAGAGGACAAAGGCCCUGCGAUGAAGUAUCGCCCAGAAAAUUCCAACCCAUCAGACCCCAAUGCCGCAGCCACCACGCCUCACGUGGGUCCCUACGGACCAGAUCCCACCCAGCUGCAGCAGAAUCAACCUCCCUCCUCCUCGUCAGGCUCUGGGGCAGUAAACUUCAACCACACCCUCACGCCGUUUGGCGGCUCCUCGUCUGCCAUGACUCCCUUUGGAGGGGCGUCGUCCUCCUUCUCCGGACCUGUGUCCAACUCCUUCUCUGGUGCUGUCUCAAGUGGUGUUACGUUCUUUGUGGCCUUGUAUGACUAUGAAGCUCGAACAUCGGAUGAUCUUUCAUUUAAAAAAGGAGACCGCUUCCAGAUCAUCAACAACACAGAAGGAGACUGGUGGGAGGCUCGCUCCAUCAACACGGGGAGGAAAGGCUACAUCCCGAGCAAUUAUGUGGCCCCUGCUGACUCCAUCCAGGCUGAAGAGUGGUACUUUGGUAAAAUGGGACGUAAAGAUGCUGAGAGGUUGCUGCUGAAUCCAGGAAACCAUCGAGGAACUUUCCUGGUGCGAGAAAGUGAAACUACUAAAGGUGCUUAUUCUCUCUCCAUACGAGACUGGGAUGAAGCCAAAGGAGACAAUGUGAAACACUACAAGAUCCGCAAGCUUGACAGCGGGGGAUACUACAUCACCACGCGAGCACAGUUUGACACAUUACAGAAGCUCGUCAAACACUACACGGAGCACGCCGACGGCCUUUGCCACAGGCUGACCACGGUGUGCCCCACGGUCAAGCCUCAGACUCAAGGGCUUGCUAAAGACGCCUGGGAGAUUCCUCGGGAGUCCUUGCGACUGGAGCUCAAACUGGGCCAGGGAUGCUUUGGAGAAGUCUGGAUGGGCACGUGGAACGGCACCACUAAAGUGGCCAUAAAGACGCUGAAGCCGGGCACCAUGUCGCCUGAGGCCUUCCUCCAAGAGGCUCAGAUCAUGAAGAAGCUGAGACACGACAAACUGGUGCCUCUUUACGCCGUGGUGUCCGAGGAGCCCAUUUAUAUCGUCACGGAGUACAUGGCCAAAGGAAGCUUGCUUGACUUCCUCAAAGAGGGCGACGGAAAAUUCCUGAAGCUCCCCUUGUUGGUGGACAUGGCUGCACAGAUCGCUGAUGGCAUGGCUUUCAUCGAGAGGAUGAACUACAUCCACAGGGACCUGCGCGCUGCUAAUAUUCUUGUGGCCGACAACCUGGUGUGCAAGAUCGCUGACUUUGGUCUGGCCAGGUUGAUAGAGGACAACGAGUACACGGCGAGGCAAGGAGCCAAAUUUCCUAUUAAAUGGACAGCGCCAGAGGCUGCACUGUACGGCCGCUUUACCAUCAAGUCAGAUGUGUGGUCCUUUGGGAUCCUACUCACCGAGCUCGUCACCAAAGGAAGAGUGCCCUACCCGGGCAUGGUGAAUCGUGAGGUACUGGAGCAGGUGGAGCGAGGCUACCGCAUGCCCUGCCCCCAGGGGUGCCCCGAGUCUCUGCACGAGAUGAUGAAGCUCUGCUGGAAGAAAGAUCCGGACGAGAGGCCCACUUUCGAGUACCUCCAGUCCUUCCUGGAGGACUAUUUCACGGCCACAGAGCCCCAGUACCAACCUGGAGAGAACCUAUAGCCUGGCUGGAUUUAUGUUGUUCGCUGCGUAUCCCUACGGCUGGGUGCAGACUUGCUUAAAGACACGAGCUCUUAAUUAUUCGACUCUAUAAAAAGUCGACUGGAAACCAGGCUAACCAGUUGCAUAAACCACUUUUGAUUGUUGAUGACCACCCAUUUUUGAUUUUU